AUGGCCACCGAAAAAGUCCCCAAAAAUAUUCGUCCCCUCAACCGUUUCAUAACCACCCACGAUGAAACCGGCAAAGCCAUCUUCUCAAACACCCUUUCGGAGACAAUGCCCGUUCAAAAAGUUGGUGACGGUGCCGAUUUCAGCCUAGCCUAUACAUCUUCGCAUUUUCCCGCACAACUAAGCAACGACACCGACAUAGUCGAUUACCAAACCUACCUGUCCAACCCACCAGGCAUUGUAGUAUCAGGUGGCACUGUCUGUCGGAUCGUGGACAUGCAGCCUGGGGCAGAAAGCCCAAUGCAUCGAACUGUGUCUUUGGAUUAUGGCGUCGUGCUAGAAGGCGAAGUCGAGCUUGUGCUGGACUCUGGUGAGGUGCGGCUACUUAAGAGAGGGGAUGUUGCUGUUCAGCGUGGUACGAAUCAUGCGUGGCGCAAUGUUACGCCUGAUGUUGUUGUUGAUGGUGUUGGUGUCCCGCAGUGGGCCAGGAUGCUGUAUGUGCUCCAGCCUUCUGGGGAGAUUUUUGUGGAGGGAAAACCGCUGAAAGAGGUUGUUGAUGGAAUUGGAAUUCGGGCGAGUACUUGA